AUGGCGGAUGAAGACGAAAUUGAUGUUCUUGGGGAUUUCUCAUUUAAUUCUUGCUUUGCACUAAAUAAUCAAGGAAUCCCUUCAUGCUCUGAUAGGGAAGACACUGUACAUCCACAAUGGUUGCUUGAUUCAACAGCUACUAACUGGUAUGAUACCCAAAUUAAAGGUAGUAACAGAUCAAAAGAUGGUCCAUCCAGAAAGUUGUCGGGAAAUAAUGCCUCAAAUCAGCAGAUUGCAGAAAUCCACACAACAUGGAGUCAAGCUGAGAGGGCUUUACUUAAAAAGGAAAUGGAAAAAUAUGGACGAAAUAUUCAAAAAAUUUCACAAACCCUAAAAACAAAAACAGAAACAGAAAUUCAGGCUUUGAUUGAGGCUGAAUAUGGAGUCAACUUAGAUACACCAGUACUUGGUCUUCCUAAACAUGAGGAAUAUGAUAACAUUCCAGCAGUUGUUCAGGAAGAAGUUGUUAUGGAUAAUGUAAUGAAUAUAAGGGAUACUUUAAAUAUGGUAACAACUGCUCACCCUACAAUACCUGUUGCAAGGAAAGCUUUUAAGAACAAAAAUUUUAAUGUUAAAUCUAAAAAAAGUUUAUUGAAACCAAAUAUCUUAAACAUUAAAAAUCCAGAUCUCAUUGCAAUAAACCCAUCUGAAAUAUUCUAUGAAGAUGAACUUAUUAUUGGUUCUACUGAGUCCAUUGGAUCUGAAACCGAUUUAACUGAUGCAGUGUCAACAAAUUUGCUAAAGCAACAUAAAGAAAGGAUUAAAAGUGAAAGAAAAAUUGGUAACAAUAGAAGAAAAGUGCCCAGAAAAUAUGAUAAAAGUAAUGCUAGGAGUAAAAAUAAGGAAUUAAUGAAAUCACCUCAAGGAAGACAAAGAAUUGAUUCAGGAUUAUCUGAGGAUAGUGGAAAAAGUCCUAAAUUGCAGAUUGUUUUAGGGUCAGGACAAGCUUUACCUGUGUCAGAAGGAGAACAAGUUAUAAAAAUUGAAAAGAAGAAAGACUCUGAGCCAGAAAGUGACAUAGAAAUUGACAUUGACAGUGAUAAAGAAGAAAAUAGAAAAAGGAAACCACCAGAAGAACCUACUGACACUACUUCAGUUAAGGAAGAAGUUCCAAUAGCUAUACCUCUAAGAAAAUUUGAACCAAUGCCAAAGAGGCGAAAGAAGAUUAAUUUGGAUGGAGGUGGUGGUUGUACAAUUAUGCACACAGCAGCUGGUGACCUGUAUGAAUUAGCGGCAGAGCCGCGCCGCGAGAGACUUCCCAAGAAGGCGCCAAUACAGUUAAUUCGUUGCCAUGUUUAUAAUACUGACAAACCACCACCAUGCGAAGUUUCUCUUAAUGUAUCGGCACUUAUUGCGAUGGACACUCAUGGUCACACUUCACGCGGUGAGGUUAUGGGUUUGGUGGGUGGCGUCGUCUCGCACUAUGAGACCCCUGGCCUAGGCUUGCAUUUGCUUAUUGCUUCCUACUGCCGUGCAGCCGCCGCCAAUGCUCGCACGCAUUGUGAUAUGGAUCCAGUGUCUCAAGCGCGAGCAGCAGAAAUUCUCCGGGCGCAACGAUUAGUAGUUUGCGGCUGGCAUCAUUCGCAUCCGUCUUUCCCGGGUGCGCCUUCAGCAGUCGACCUGCGCACACAACUUGCCUUGCAAGCCGCCCUCGAACGAGACGUGCCAUUUCUCGCCUUGAUCACCUCACAACAUUGGCCGCCUGGACGUGACGCCUCGCACUACCGAUGCAUUCAUGUAGAAGAAGAUGCAAGUUAUAGUGAUGGAGAUACUCCAGUUGGUUACCAGUUAAGUGUGAAAUUAGUGCCGGAUUUGACCGUGGAAAACCUGAGGCCUUUUUUGCUAGAACUGCGUGGUAUUUUGCUCAAUGAUGCAGAUAGAAACGAACUGAGUGUUGAUUUGCCCAAAGAUGUAUGCCCGCAGGCUGGAAUCACUUACUUAGAAAAGCUAAUAUCAAGCGUGUCCCACCACACGCGCUCAGCGGGCUACAAUGACUGCGAUACUGUGAGGAUACAAUUGCUGCAAGGUAUACGAGAUGUGUUCAGAUAG